AUGCCCACAAAAUUUAAAAGCCCACAUGACAAAAAAAUAUCCAUUAAUUUUACAAUUCAAGAUUUUAUCGAGCCUGAUACAUUGGUUCAGACAUACUGUCAAUAUAAUCAAAACUCAGAGAAAUUUGUUGAAGAUUUUGAUAAUUUAUUUUCGGAUAUCCCAGAAAAUGAGCGGAAACCUUUUGUAACAGGUUGUAGAGACCUAGUAACUGAUAAAUAUUCAAUUCAGAAAAGCAUUUGUAAAAAAAAAGGAUUUAAUAAAGACUUUUCGGUAGUAAAUAGCUUAAUUACUAAUGAGGACAGUGUAAAAAGAGAUGAUCACAAUUUAUAUUCAAACAAAGAAGUUGGUGAACCAAAAGCUAGAAGUAAAGUAAAUCGAUUUGUAGUAAGCCGAAGAAAGAAAAAGAAGAUAAGAUUCAAUAGUGCUGCUAAAGGGAGUUUUACAGAAAACUCUGAUUCAAUCCAAAAUGAUAGUCCUUCUGGUAUUAAUGCCAGAUUCCAAAAAGAUGAAACUUUUAGUCCUUUAAAUUCACAUAAAGAAACGUUCUCAAGCGAUAAUUACUUAUCAGAACAGUUGUCGCCAUUAUCAGAGAAAAAACUGCCUAUUAUUGAUGGAUACGGCCCAUUUUCCCCUAGGAAAUCAAAACAGCCGCCUCAUAUUAUGCUGAUAGUACAUGGAAUUGGAAGCAACGAGUCUGCCAUUAAUAAAAAUAAGGAUGAGUUUGUUCACCAAUUGGAAUCUGUGAAGGCACACUGGUUUUGGGAGGUGGAUAUUGAUAUUACGGUAGAUGCAGUAGAUUGGAAGAGCAAGUUAGCCUCUGUACAGGAUCAUAUGUUCGACAGAAUUACUCUUCCACAACAUAGGGAAAACAGAAUGCUUUUAAAUAAGACAAUUGGCGAUGUAAUGUACUUCAUGGUUCCAAGAUAUGGCGACUACAUUAUUGCUGAGGUUGCAAAACAAUUAAAUCAGAAAAUCAAACAUUAUAAGUCAAAAAUAUCUGGAAAACCAAAAAUUGUUUUGAUUGGACACUCUUUGGGAAGUGUAAUUGUAUAUGAACUUGUUUCAAGACAACAAACCAGGAUUACUAAGUCGGAAAUCCCAAAGCUUGAUUUUGAUGUGGAUCACCUGUUUCUAUGGGGUUCUCCAUUACCAGCAAUGCUUGUUAUGAUGUUUCCUGAGUAUCUACGCUCUGGUCUGACUCUUCCUAAAGGACUUGCACCAAUUCAGCCGAAUGAAAGUUUUAGUGGGGGCAAUUUUAUUCUGAACAAAUGCCCUGAAUUAAAGGUCUACAACGUCUUCCACCCCUAUGACCCUGUUGCAUUCAGACUUGAACCGUUGUUAUACCCAAAUUUGGUUUCGCUCCCUGACCCUGUUCUUCUUCCAUAUUGGCGCAACCUUUCAAAAAGAACUUACCAUCAGUGGGAUAAGGAGAUGGAGAAUGCAAGGAGGGCUUUAUAUGAUAGUAUUAGUGGAAUAACUUCUUCGAUUUCUAAUGCUGUACUUGGGGGAAUUUUAGGUUGGGGUGGAGUGAAUGAAUAUAAAUCAACACUGGAAGUAAAUCUUGUGCCAAGAGAUCAGAAAAUUAAACAGUUAAGGGAUGAAUCUGUAAUUUCCAAAUUUAAGACAAAGUUUUCUGCAGGUAGUAAGAUAGCUGGGUUUUCUGGUAUAAAUUUUUCAAGUUCAUCAAAAGGUCAGUUAAAAACGCAUAGCUAUUCUGAAGGGAAAGAAAGCGAAUCAGUCAACUUCUCUCUAUUGAAAACCAAUGAGGUACCUGGAAUACCAAUAAGAGUAGACUACCAGCUUCAAGAAGGAACUACCGAACAUUAUAUUUCAUCUUUGGCAUUUCUGCAGUCACAUUUUAAUUAUUGGAAAAGCAGGGAUUUAGGAUUUUUUAUACUUUGGAAAAUAAUUGAAGAUUUUGAACCUGUAAUUUCUCACGAUGACUACAAAGCUGCAUUAGAGCAUCUAAAGCAAGACCAGGUAGGCUUAGACCACCUUGAUUCAUCAUCUGAGAUUUCAGAUGACUCAUCUUAUGACUUGGAAUCAGACUGA